AUGGCGGACGCCAGCCGGCCUCGGGAAAUCCGCGUGGGUGCUGUGAGCAAGGCGAUUCUAGAGCAGUCGUCUAUGGACUUGACCAACCUUCGCAUUGGGAAGCAGCGCCUGGUUUCCAAGAAGAAGAGGAUGAGCAAGCUGAAGAAGACAAUUCUGGAGGACCGCGAGUUCCGACAAGAUGGGGUAGAGCCCUCGGAGUCACAGUCCUUGCCGAGCCGAUUGAGUGCGGAUGCUCCGGCCUUCAUUCCCGCCGAGUGGCUGAGGCCUGAGGGAACCGAAGGAACCGAAGGAACCGAGGGAACCGAAGGUCCAGAUCGAUCUGCCUUUGAAAGCCAGCCUGCGCCGGUUUCAAAUCCUGCUGCGGCUGGGCCACAGAUUGACAAAGCUCCUCUCCCUGCGGGCCCCGUGGCCCCCGCGAUCUGCACGACCCCCGCGGUCUCCACGGCCCCCACGGCCUCUGCUCUAGGUUCUCUAGGCUUUGCUUCGAGUGGAACGUGCGACGCCGAUCAGCCCGGUGAGCCAGUGCUCGGGCUGGCGGGUCUCGCCGCCGCGCUGGAAGACUUCAAUUCAGGUUCCGACGAUGCAACCCCCGAGGAGCCGGAGCCCAUGUCUAUCAGCGAGACACUGGAGCGCUUGCGCAGCGUGCAGGAGAAGAGUCAAGCACCCAAGGAGACACCGAAGCCCGCGGCCAACCUGGAGGUCCGACAUUACGUUCACCAGGAGCUAAGCGAUGAACUGGACGAGAAGGUCAAGUUUAUCCUCUCCGAGCUUGUGCGAUUCCAAGAGCGAGCAAAAGAACAGAAUGCCAUGAAGUACGCGAAGCUCAAGCGAUACUGUGUGGGGUUGCGAGAAGCUAAGCGAGCCAUCACAAGAAGCAAGUGCAAGGGCCUCAUUGUGGCACCCAACCUGGAAGUCUCUACAGCUGAGGGAGGCCUUGACGAUACUGUGGAGGAUGUCAUUGAAAUGGCACGCGAACAUGAGGUGCCAGUUGUCUUCGCUCUGAGUCGCAAUAGGAUCGGCAAAGCAAUGGGGAAGAAUAUUCGCCUGAGCAUUGUGGCACUUCACAGCGUCGACGGAGUGCACCAGCAGUUCAAGGAAGUUGUCAAGAUUGCCGAAGAGCUGCGGCGGCGGUGGGUCCUGAGGCAGAUGGCUCAUGCAACGAGUGAGUACGCUGAAGAAGUCCAGAAGCGUGCCGAAGAGAAAGCUGCACGCGACGCAGCUAGAAGAGCGGAGAAGGAACGCCUUGCUGAAGAGAAAGCAGCAGAAGAGCUGCGUCGCCGGGAAGCAUCCAAAGCGGCGAAGGCUGCACGGGCGGAGGCGAAAGCGCGGAAAGUUGCUGAACAGCAGGAACAAGCCGAGCGUCGCCGGGUGGAGAAGGAGGCUCUGGCGAAAGAGCGCGAGGAAGAAAAGAAAAAGGAGGACGCCAAAGCGGAGGAAGAGCGAGUGGCCGAGCGCAUCGCGGAGGAGGAAAGAAAGCGCAAGGAGGAAGAAGCUGCCAAAGAAGCCGAGCGUCUGCGAAGAGUCGCUGAGCGACGGGCCGAGGAGGAGCGCCAGAGGAAGAUGGCCGAGGCCAGCAAGGCCAAGGCCAAAGCCAAGGCAGCCAGCGGGCCACCGGAAGAGGAUUCAGAUGCCGAAUCAUCUGGAUCCGACCUGCCACUGGGGUUCAACAGCAACUUGUUCUAG